GAUUGUUCUCAUUUGCAGUUGAUGUUCGCGUUUUGAGCGAAAUGCAAGUCGAUUUAGGAGCGCAAACUUUGAAGGAAAAGGGGUGGAGGGGAGGCCGAGAACUCACCCCUGUACUUUUGGUCUCGGUUGCGGCUUUGCUCGUCUGCUUCCUCCACGGGGCGCACGGGGAAACGGAGAAAGAUGACAAAGUCGGCAGUUGGACGCAGAAACUUGAUCAAUCGGUUGGACCGAAACGGAAUGAAAAUGAAUUGCAAACCAACAAAAUCAAUGUCAAACGUGACACGUGUUCAACUGCACGUACAGUGAAUUUGACGGAGCUUUCUAAUGGGAAAAAGUAUUUCUUUUCGUAUCCACAUUUCCAAGUCCAAUAUCAAAAGGGAAGCUGGAGUUUCGCAAACGAUAGGUGCACCGCCAGAGGUCUCUACCUGGCCAACCUGAAGAGGCAAACCGACCUGGACACUGUUAUAGACAACGCGGACAACUUUGUUGAAGGCUUUUCACCGGUCGGAUUUUGGCUGUCGGGGAGGAAGGAAGACCAGUCUUCGGACUUCCGGUGGGGCGACGGGACAAAGGUGGACUCGGAAUUGUGGGCGAGAAAUGCCGACAAGACCAGCCGCUGCAUCCAGGUCAGGACGGGCGUUUCCAGGAAACUCUACACCGAGGAUUGCCCUUUCAUGCACAAUUAUUUCGUCUGCGAAUUGCCCAGCGAAUGCUACUGAGACGCCAUUUUUAGUUUGAAAGUUUGGAAAAUUUUGAAUAAUCUCGUCAAAAUUUAAACCAAAAUUGAGUAGAAAACCACAAGAUCUGUCAAAAAGCGCAUAUUCUGGACACGUGGCGGCGCUGCGAACGCUCAUUUUUCCGUUCAAUUAGAUUUUAGAAAUAAAUAUAGGAUCAUAAUCGUAAUGUUGAAAAACUUAAAUUAACAUGUUUUUAUGACUUAAAUAAUGUUCUAGAGUUUCAAUAAAAACAAGCAUUGUUCAGAUCA